AUGGGUUCAAACGAGGAUGGAUUAUUCCAGACCGAUGCUUUUUCUCCGUCAGAUUAUAUCCGAGAUCGUCUAAAAGGAGUAAAAAUCGGUGAUGAAACCCGAAAGCUUCGACAACUUCGAUCUGAGAUGAGUGCAUUAAAUCACGCAUCACAGGAGACGCUGAAAAAUAAUGUAUUCCGGAAUUAUCAACAAUUCAUUGAUUCUUCAAAAGAAAUUUCUCAUUUGGAACGAGAGAUCUACCAACUAACACACUCUCUCAUUGAACAGAAACAAGUCAUCGAAAACUUAUUAAUGAUGACUGACGACGAUAAAAAUUCAAUUCACACUGUGUCAUCACAUUCAACAACUACAUCAAAUACAAAUCCAAUUCAAAUUUUAAUGCAGAAAAUGGAAGGAAUUGGCGGGAUUCUCAAUAACAUGUCAACUUCUGAAAAAGUAAUUCUUCACGGAGAAAUGGAACAGUUUGAUGUCGAGACAAAAAAACCUGUCCAGAAGUGUAUGCUCAUUCUGCUAUCCCAUCGUCUUAUUAUUGGAAAUAUCAAUGCAGCUGGAAAAUAUGUAAUGGAAUCCACUCUUUCCCUCAAUUCCGUUGCCCCUGUUAAUGUGAAAGAUCGAGAAUCCGGAGCUGCCAAUGCUGGAAAAGUUCUGAAAUUAUUAAUUUUCCCAGAAUCGCGUUGUUACUUAUGUGAAAGUGCCAGAAUUCGAACAUUAUGGUUCGAUGAAUUAGAACAGGCAAAACGAGAAAUUCUUCAUAAAGGAAGUCUUGUUCGACAGGCAACAAUUCGAGGAAAACGGCAAACGGUUAAGGAGAGAAAAGCAGCAGCAGUGGCGGCUACAGUAAUCGAAGAGAAAUCAACUUUUCAAGAAGAAGAUGAAGAUGUUGGAGAUGAGGAGAGAAAUGAUAAUGACAUUUCCUGGCUCUCUGAAUUGCCCGCUGAAUUGGAUGAUUGUAUUGCUCAUAGAGAUUUGGAUCAAGCUGUUGAAUUGAUUCAUGAAUGGAAGCAAUGUCCAACGAAAGAUGCAGUUAUUGAUAUUCAACUUCAAAUGAGAGAAAAUACGAUUGUUCAACUUCUCAGUGAUGACGUCAGCCGCCCUGGAGCAGUACAUGGCGGGCCACGAGCAAUGAAAAAAGCUCGAACCCUUCUGACCCAACUAGGACGUGGAACUUAUGCAACCGAUGUGUAUCUAAGACGACGAAGUGCAAUGCAACGUAACGCUAUGCGUGACGUCACCGUAUCAGAGGAACCAAUAUCAUAUGUCAAACAGUUGUGUACUCUGUACGGAAAUGCAGUGUCAGACAUUGCUAAUGAGUUCCGUUCAAUGCCACAAUACUACUGUCAAGUACUUCAAUGGUGUUCAUAUGAAUUGAGUACAUUGCUAAAUCUAAUCAGAAGACAUGUGAUUGAAGUCGCACCUGCAAUUGCAGUUAUUGCAUAUACAUGGAAGAAUGUAAUGCAUACAAUGGAAGAUUUAACGGCAAUUGGUGUUCAUCUGAAUUUUGAAGUCAAUCGAUUAUUGAGUACUCCAUUGGAACGAGCACUUCAGGGAAAUUUCGAGAAUAUUUGUGACGCUGUAAAGAUGAGAAUUUCGGAAGAAAAGUGGCGACCUUAUGUUCUGGAUUCUGAAUCCGCGUUGAAUAGACUUGUUGAAGAGCUGUCAGAUGUAGGAAUCAAUGUGGAAUGGGCGAUUUCUGCCAACGAUGAGACGAAAAGUUCUCUGAAUGUUUCCCAAAAUGUGGUACACUUUGCAAGAGUGGCUCACACGCUUUCUAAGGAUUUGGCGCCUCUCAGAUUAUCCCCAAUUCAAGUUUUAUGUGAAGUGUAUGCCGAUGAACUGUGGAAAAUGUAUCUUCAACAUUUAUCAGAUAAUAUUCGAGACGGAGCGGUUUUUGCAUAUUCUACAACUUUCAUUCUUACCAUGGUCCUCCCAGUGUGCGAUAAAAUUCUCUAUGGCGAAGAGGGGGAACUGAUUCGUCUUAUCGAACAAUUUCCAAGCCUCGCUCCGUAUGCAGAUCCUUCAGAUGACGAAAAACAAAAAGACGAUGAAGAAGUUGCUCAUGUUUGA